CCGCCAGAUCAUAGGCGGCCCGAUAGGCUGAGGAGAGAGGAGAGGAGGAGGACGAGAAUCUUAGAAGUUCCCUUCUGAAACGAUCGGUUGAUAUUUAGUUUGUUUUUUUAUACAAGAAAGUCAUUUAUUACAGUAAAAAAUGGGGAACCGGGUCGCCCGUGAGGACUACGAGUGGGUGUACACAGACCAGCCGCACGCCGACAGGAGGAAAGAGAUCCUGGCCAAGUACCCAGAAAUCAAGUCGUUGAUGGGUCCUGACCCGAGGCUGAAAUGGAUUGUUUGCAUGAUGGUGGUGAUACAGUUUCUAGCUUUCUACUUGGUCAAAGACUUGGACUGGAAGUGGGUUUUGUUUUGGACUUACGCCUUUGGCAGCUGUAUCAACCACUCAAUGACGCUCGCUAUUCACGAGAUCUCCCACAACACGGCCUUCGGAAACAAUAAGGCCAUGUGGAACCGCUACUUUGCCAUGUUUGCCAACCUACCCAUCGGCCUGCCUUACUCCGCCUCCUUCAAACGUUACCACCUGGACCACCACCGCUACCUGGGUGGAGACGGGGUGGACGUAGACAUCCCCACUGACUUUGAGGGCUGGUUCUUCUGCACACCCUUCCGCAAAUUCAUCUGGAUUAUUCUGCAGCCGCUGUUCUACGCCAUCCGGCCCCUCUGCAUCAACCCCAAACCCAUCACUCAGCUGGAGGUGACCAAUGUGGCAGUGCAGCUCACCUUCAACGUCCUGCUCUACUGGCUGUGGGGGGGCAAACCUGUGGUCUACAUGAUGGCUGGGUCCUUGCUGGGGAUGGGCUUGCACCCCAUCUCUGGACACUUCAUAGCCGAGCACUACAUGUUCCUCAAGGGCCACGAGACCUACUCCUACUACGGCUCCCUCAACCUGCUCACCUUCAACGUGGGCUACCACAACGAGCACCACGACUUUCCCAGCAUCCCCGGCUGCAGGCUGCCGAUGGUGAGUACAGCUUGGAGGUCCUUGGUACACACAGUUGGCUCAGAAUACACCGCUAUGAGGUUAGAAAGGAAGAAAUGAUUUGGGUGGAGACUA